UCUGAACCGCAGACGUCGUCGAGUGUGUGAACAGGAUGCGCAUCAAUAAGAAAAGAGACCAUCGCCCCUCUCUGAACGGUUUGACGUCGGCAAACGUCCAUCGCGUCUGAUCGUCAGCACGCCAGGGAGAAACCAAACGCCCUGCUCCACGUUGUUCUGAUCUACAGUAAAAAUCCAUCACCACCACCCCCCCCGACGUGACCCCACCAUGUCUGGGAAGGAGCGCAGCCCCCGCCAUCGGCCAUGGUCGGUCUACCGGGCCAACACGUUUGAUCUCUCAGCGGAGAUGAUGGGACUGGCACUCGCAGGCAACAGUCAGGAUCCAGACGAGCCAGUGCUGGAGUUCAGUGUGGCGUGCAGUGAACUGGUCACCCCGUCUCUGGACCGGAAGCCGACCAGCUUUGUCGCCGUCAGCUGCACCACGCCGCCGCAGGCCUUCUGGACCAAACACGCUCAGACUGAAAUCAUUGAGGGAACCAGUAAUCCCAUCUUCCUGAGCAGUGUAGCGUUCUUUCAGGACUCUCGGAUCACUCAGCAGACGCAGGUCAAGCUGUCUGUCUAUGAUGUGAAGGACCGCUCCCAGGGCACGAUGUACAUGCUGGGCUCGUCCAUGUUCACUGUGAAGGAGCUGCUGCAGGACAAACACCACAGGCUGCACCUGACUCUCAGGUCAGCAGAGAGUGAGCGCGUGGGCAACAUCACCGUCAUCGCCUGGCAGAUAGAGGAGAAGCGCGAGCAGAGGGCGCCGGUGCCUCGACUACAGAGAGGAGACACGGUCAACGGGAGAAUGGUGCUCCCCGUUGACGAGAGCUUGACUGAGUCCGUGGGAAUCAAAUCCAAGUCUUCAUCCCUGUGUAAAGAUCCGCUGCUGAAGGCUGUGUUCGGGGGCGUGAUGUCGAGGACGUACCGCUUCCCCACCACGGACGGGAACCACCUGCGUGUCCUGGAGCAGAUGGCGGAGAGCGCGCUCUCGCUGCACAUCCCUCGACAGUUUGUCAAACUGCUGCUGGAGGAAGACGCCGUCAGGGUGUGUGAGCUGGAAGAACUGGGCGAGCUGUCACCGUGCUGGGAAAACCUCAGGAGGCAGAUCAUCACUCAGUACCAGACCAUCAUCCUCACCUACCAGGAGACCAUAAGUGACCUGCAUGAGUACAAAGGUCCAUCAUUUAAGUCCAGCACCUUGAAAGCUGAGAGGAAGCUGGAGUUCAUUCCCACAAACCUGCACAUCCAGAGGAUGAGAGUCCAGGGAGAGUGCGGUUAUGACCGGACGUAUGACGUGGUGACCAUCGGCGCUCCUGCCGCUCAUCAUCAAGGCUUUAAAGGCUGCGGCCUCCGGAGGCUCCUGCACCGGCUGGAGGAGGCGAGGAAACACACGUAUGAGGAGGAGAGUCAAAGCUCUGCCGGCUCCGCCUCACCUGGAAAAGCUUAUCAGCCGCAGGAUGUGGUGAAAGCAAAGGAGCUGAUUGGUCAGAUUAACACUCUGAAGACACAGGUGUGUUACUACACUGAGCGACUGUCGCGCGCUGCCAAGGAACGCUCAGCCAACGCUCUGGAGAGAACUCUGACCAUCCUCAAAGAGAAGACGCGUCAGUUAGUGACCGUGUGCGACUCCAAACUGCUCGCCUCAGCGAUCCUCUCUCUGGCAGCCGCUCGUCCGGAGUUCAGCCAGCGAAGCACCCCGUCCCCCUCCUCCUCCUCCCUCUCUCCAUCUUCUCGAUCUCCUUCCUCCCGGUCUCCAUCCCGCUCCCCUUCUCGCCACCCGACUUCUCCGUCUCGCGCCGCCACCUCGCCCUCGCGCCACUCGGCUCAUUUGGAUGGCAGUGAAGGGACCAGAAACAAGCGCGCCUCCCUACAGGCGGAGCUGCAUGAGGAGGAGUGGGAGAAGGUCUGGUUAAAUGUUGACAAGAGCCUGGAGUGUGUGAUCCAGAGGGUGGACCAGCUGCUGCAGCGAGACACACUCCAGAGUGACAGUAGCUCUGAGGACGUCUUCCUCAUGGCCAACGAGGAGCCGAGUAACACGAAGAAAGAAAAGAGUCCAGAAUCAGAAAAGAAGUCUCCAGGUGAGUGGAGCGACGCUCUCUAUCCUCUCCUCACCACACUCACCGACUGUGUCUCCCUGAUGAGCGACAAAGCCAAGAAGGCCAUGGUGUUCCUGCUCAUGCAGGACAGCGCCCCCACCAUCGCCAUGAGUCUCACGCUGCAGUACCGCCGCGAUGUCGUCUUCUGCCAGACGAUGACGGCUCUGAUCUGCGGCUUCAUUCUCAAGCUGAGGAACUCUCUGUGUGACUCCGGCUUCCUCAGGCAGCUUCACACCAUCGGCCUCCUGGUGCAGUACGAGGGUCUGCUCAGCACCUACGGAGAGGAGCUGGCCAUGCUGGAGGACAUGAGCGUCGGGGUGAUGGACCUGAGGAACGUCACCUUCAAAGUCACGCAGGCGACCUCGAGCUUCGCCCCAGACAUGCUGCCGGUGAUCACGGGGAACCGGAACGGCUUCAACGUCAGAGUUCCAAUGCCCGGGGCGAUGUUUGACUCACUGCCGCGAGAGAUCCAGAACGGCAUGCUGCUGCGUGUGCAGCCCAUCCUGUUCAACGUGGGGAUCAACGAACAGCAGACGCUGGCUGAGAAGUUUGGAGACACGUCUCUGCAGGAAGUGAUCAACAUGGAGAGCAUGACUCGCCUCAGCUCGUACUACGACCAGUUUAAAGAAGUCCUGCCAGAAGACUGCCUCCCUCGCUCCUGCAGCAGCAUCAGUCCGCCUGAGCUGCUCAAACUGCUGAGCCAAAAUGUGAGCGCCAAGAAAAGCAAGAACGUGGAGAUUCUGUGGCAGGCAGCAGAGGCAUGUCGCCGCCUGAACGGCGUGCGCUUCACCUGCUGUAAAAGCGCCAAGGACCGCACUGCCAUGUCGGUGACUCUGGAGCAGUGUCAGCUCUUGCAGCAGGAGCACGCUCUGGCCCCGCAGGUCUUCUACCAGGCUCUGGACUGUAUGCGCAGCGAGGGCUGCAGGAGAGAGAACACCAUGAAGAACGUGGGAUGUCGCAAAUACGCCUUUAACGCUCUGCAACUCAAGGCCUUCCCCAAACAAUAUCGCCCUCCAGAGGGCACGUACGGGAAAGUGGAGACCUAAGUGGACACUGGAGGAAACCAAAAGACUGAUGAUGGAACGGGACACUGAUGCCGGGCACCGCACAAAGAAAAAUAGCAACACAAAACUGCAACAUCAGCCCUUUGUUUUGUGCUUAGUCAGUGUAAAGAUGAUUAAUGUCCAAGUGCCAGUGCUCUUACUCUUUUCUCAGUAGUGCUAGAGCGACAGAGUUUUCACGACCACUUCACCGCCAUACACAGCGCAGUGUCACGUCGUAGCCGCUGUGCAGACACCAGCGUCAGCUAUGGGGACCAUCGGGACGUGUACAGCCACUCUGGACACUGGCCACUCUUCCCUCCUAGAAAAUAAGAUAAGCAAAUGUCUCGUUCUUCAGAGAGACGAUGUGGACUAAAGGGGACGGAUAUGUGUUUGACUACUUUUUUAAAAAAGAAUCUGAGGCACUUAAGACAGGCGAUGAGUUAAAGUUAAGCCUUUUAAUAUUUUGUGAAUCAUAAUCAUAUCAGCAGUAAAAACAUGCCGACACGUUUCAUCAGGGCAGACGUACAAAAUGGCCGCCGCUGUCUUGUUUUUAUUAGAGCUGCAACUAGCGAUUAUUUUCAAAAUCGAUUCAUAUGUCGAUUAUUUUCACAAUUAACCGUUUGGUCCAUAAAAUAUCAGAAAACCUUAAAAAAUGUUGAUCGGUGUUUCUCAAAUGUCUUGUUUUUGUCCACAAACUAAAAUGAUUGCGUUGUUAACAAGAGCAAAGAAAUUAAGAAAAUAUUCACAUUUAAGACGCUUAAACAAUCGGAAAUCUUGUUUUAAUCAUGAAAAAAGCUUCAAACCGAUGAAUCGAUUAUCAAAAUAUGUCGAUUCAUUUAGUAAUCGAUUAAUAAUCGAUUAGUCGUUUCAGCGCUAGUUUUUAUACAAAUACGUUCAAAUGAAGCCACGACUAAUUGUAAAGACACAGCCCUUUAGAAUUUAAAAAAUGUGGUUUAAUGUAUCAAGAUAUGACAUAAUUAUAGAUGGCAGCGACUUAAAAAAAUAAAAUACAUUUUCUCUGUGGUGGAACACAGUUUUUAGGUCAUUUCGAGGUGAGACAUUUGUCAUUUUGAAUUUAAAAAUGUGACUUAUUUAUAGUUUGGCAGUGAGGUGGUACUGGCCUGGUGCUCGACCUCACACUGGCCCGGCAGCGUACCUAAGACUUUCCUGUUGAAAUUAGGAAUUCAAAAUAGCUUUUUUGUCAUUAUUUGACUAAUUAAAAACAACUUUCAAAUAGUGUUUUGUAUGGAAUGCCAUCCCAGCUUCACAACCGGAACAAGGUUUACUCGGAAGGAAGAACCUCCGACUUCUGAUGUAAAUGGAACACAACUCUAAGGUCGAUGAUGUUGGCAUGUUUUUACUGAGUGCCUCAGAGUUUUCCACGUUGUCUCAGAUUUUUCUGGAUUACCCAAACUGAAGAGCAGCAGAAGGACUGUUUGCCCUAACCUGAUUUAUUCCAGUGCUUUCAUCAUGUUGUCCAUUGUCUCUCCCGUCCUCUCAUCUGCCGUCUUCAAUCACAGAGACGCUGGACUCUCUCUGCACAACAAGCACACAUCUUUAUAAGCGACACACGUGACACUGCUUCACUGGUGUUUGGAAGAGAUUCAUGUGCGUCGAUGGGAAACAAAUCCACACAUUUUGCGCUGCAGAAGAAGAAUUCACGUACAUGAACAGACAUCCACAAUAUUUGGAUUGGAUGUUUUUUUUGUCCACUAUCGCUAAACACAGAACUUUGUGAUAAAAAUUGGAUAAUUAUUGAUUUAACCUGCAUGAAGAUGAAAAACAUCCCCACUACUUAUUAUUGCAGUUGUAUGAUACACUUGAUACAUGUUUUUAGACUGAAGGGACAUCAUGCAUAUUGCAAGAUCUCCUCUGGUACCUUAUUGUACAAAGAUCACAGAGACAGUGGACUUUAUUUUAAAGAUGUUAUUUUGCUUACAGUGUUUACGUUGACGAGGCUGUUGUUCUUUUAAAUGCUCUGAUAGUUUUAUUUAAUGGUAUCGACUUUAAAGUUCUGACCUGGUUCUGAUCGGCUGCAUUAUGCUCACAGGUGGGACGGGGCUGUGAAGGAGAUCCCUGAUCCUCCUCAGAGUUACUGUAUAUGACCUGAAACUGGAUAAUGAAUAAAGGCUUGUUGGUGAUAA